ACAGCUUGUGCUCAGUUGUUGCCAGGAUAUUGACGGAGCUAGUUAGUUGCGCGUGCUAUUUUCAUUUCUAGUCUUGUUGUUUUAGUUGUUCUUGUUGUUGUUGUUGUUGCUGUUGCUGCUGCUGUCGGCUGUUGUUUGUGAUGUGGCAAAGGGUGUUGGUGCACGGAACUCAAAUCAACUGAAGUGAAGUGAAGUGCAGUGCAGUGCAGUGCAGUGUGCCGUGUGUCCUUGCUGCAGCCUUGCUCAGGGUCAGGCCUAGAGAAAUACGCGCGCAGUCUCGUAACGCAAACAAUUGUGAAUGCAGGCAACAUUCGUAGAGCAGCCAGCAAAGCAGCAGCAGCUUGUCAAAAUCCCUUUUUCGGUUAUUUUUAUUUUCGAAGCAGCCAUUAGCAUAAACUGCAGCGGCAACAACAACAGCAUGCGGCACGUACUCUAAGCAUUGAUACUAUAUGGCAAGCGAACGUGUUGCCGGCGGCGGCGUUGCCGGGCGCCAUGCGCGUGUAAGUCCAACGCCGGGACGUGGCAGCAAAAUUGCGUAUACGCCAUGUCCGCGCUCGGAGCCACCACAGGAUCUGGAUUUGCCCGUAGCAACGCAGCAGCAGCGCAAUUGCCUGGCCAUACCCAUGUCUUCGCUGCAAACAGCCAACGGACCCAGCCCCAAAGAACGAUGUAGCGCACUAUCGGGCAUACCCAGUACCCCGUCCUUUACACUGCCAUCAUCCAUGCCCUAUGAAGUGGAUCUGCCGCAGCCGCUCGUCGAUCGAUCUGUCUCGCUGAUGCGCUGGAACAGCCAAAGCGCCAACAGCACAAGUAAUAGUCUCAGCCGUUUGCAACAGCCGCAGCCACAGCAACCGCCGCCACAGCAGCAGCAGCAGCAACCGCUACAACAGCAACACGCCUACCACUAUCAGCCCCAUCAACAACAACAAGCGCUAAGCGAGACGAGCAAUUUGCUAACAGCUGCUGCAGCAGCAACGCGGCAAGUGAACUUUGGCGCUGGCACUGGCAUUGCCACCACGCGCGCCGAGCCCAUCUCGUUGGCCACCUUGGAUCGCGACUGCUUCAUCAUACCCGUGCAUAGUGUGGAUCGUUUUCUACCAGCCGGCAUACCCCUUCCCGCUUUGAAUGCUGACGGCAAGACUGCCAGUCCGUUAAGCGUUCUGGAAGUGUCUGAUCCUAAAUUAUGCAUACUAGUGCAUCUGAUGAGUCCACUGGAGGCCAUAGAUCCCGUAAUGGAGUCACCAUUGUCACAUCCAUUGCUCAAGCAGCGCGCCAUUGCCGCCGAGCUGCUCACGGAGGUGCAACAGGCCAACACAGCUGUGGGUGGCAUGAUAUUAGCCAACAUGGAAAAGAGCUCGGAAUUUCCAUUUAUAUCGUAUUAUUUAAUAAACACACUGCAAACGGAUCCUUCGAAUUUCUAUUCAAAUUUGCGACUUUCUUCGCUGUCAAAAUUCGAACCCAAAACGCUCAAAUACACUGCCGCCCACACACUGGACUUGUAUAGCGAAGUGGCGGCCAUUAUACGGCCACCCUUGGUGCUGCCUUCUAGUGAGGCGGGCAGCUUUAAGAAAACCCAAACAGCGGGCACUGGCUACAUAAUCAGCGUGUUCAAGGUAUUCGAGGGCGACGAUGGCGAACGCUUUGAGAAGAACUGGCUCUACUGGACGGGAGCGCGCAUGUUGUACAGAUAUUUGCCACGUGCGGCAGGACUAAGGCGCAUAGCUUUGCAUAAGAGCACGUCCCAGAAGGGCGACAAGAUGUAUUUGCUGGUGUGCGAGUGUGCGGAGCUGCUGAAGGAUAUUUCAUUGGCCGCCUUCUUGAUACCAGCACUGCGCGCUAGGCUCUGUGGCUAUACGGGACUCUAUAGACCAAUACAGACUUUCUAAAAGUCAAGCCAAGCUGCAAGUCUAGCUACAUUUUUUUCUAAUUAAACUAAAUGCUAUAGGGAAGCAGCUGUUAAGUGAUUAAAUUUAUGCAUAAACUGUUAUAUUUAUAAACACACAUACACAUGCCUAGAUCUUAGCCUAUAUCAAAUAGCAAGUAGACAAUAUACUCAAGGUAACUCAUAUCGUAUGUUUAAAUAUUUUCUAGCGGAACAUAAUGAAUUAAUAGGACCAUAUCUAGUAUAAAAACAAAAUGUUCAAGC